UAGAGUCCCUGCCUCAUCAACUAUAAAUACCAACUCCGAUCCUCUGCUUCUCAUUCAACACAUACAUCUUCAAAUAGAUAGAUAAAAAUAAAAAUGGCUCUCUCUAAGCUUCUACUUGCUUCCCUUCUUGCUUCUCUUCUCAUCAUUCAACUUGUUCAUGCCGAUCACCAGGCAUACCAACAAACGCAGGGUUCUCUUCAGCAGAUAGACUGUAGCGGAGCAUGUGCUGCAAGGUGCCGGUUAUCAUCUCGUCCAAAUCUCUGCCGCAGAUCCUGUGGAACUUGCUGCCAGCGCUGCAAUUGCGUGCCGCCGGGCACCGCCGGCAAUCAGGAAGUGUGCCCUUGCUAUGCUAGCUUGACCACCCACGGUGGCAAGCGCAAGUGCCCUUAAUUCCAACCAGUUACUUAAAUCUAUGCAUGUGUAUAUUGCUCCAUCUAUCACCACGCUCUCAAUAAAUUCAUGGAAGAAUAAUAAUUGUUUACUCUUUUUUUUGUUCAAUCCUUGUUGAAUCAAUAAUCAUUAUUGUGCGAAUUUGGUGGUUUCUUUUUCUUUUUAUUUUGUUUAUACUUUAUAUAUGUACCUUUGCUAUACUGUUGUAUCAAUUAUGUUAUUAAUAAAAGAGUUUACUAUUUCAUGUCUUAU